CAGAGGGCAGCGCGGCCACAUCAGCGGGCGCUUCAGUUCCCCGCACGAGCUGGGCCUCCGGGAGGAAGGGGCUGAACCCGACAGCAGCGGAAGGCCGGAGGGGCGUCGCGGGGGUCUGCGUGGGGGCACCCGCGGUCGGCGCGGCUGACUCUGCCUGGCUCCUCCACACCCUGCGCCAGGCCGCCAUGAAGGACUCGCUGGUGCUGCUGGGCCGUGUCCCGGCGCACCCGGACUCUCGCUGCUGGUUCCUGGCCUGGAACCCCGCGGGAACCCUGCUGGCCUCGUGCGGUGGCGACCGUAGAGUCCGCAUCUGGGGCACAGAAGGUGACAGCUGGAUCUGCAAAUCCGUCCUUUCUGAAGGCCACCAGCGCACUGUGCGCAAGGUGGCCUGGUCCCCCUGCGGGAAUUACCUGGCCUCUGCUAGCUUUGAUGCUACCACUUGCAUUUGGAAGAAGAACCAGGAUGACUUUGAGUGUGUAACCACUCUGGAGGGCCAUGAAAAUGAGGUCAAAUCAGUGGCCUGGGCCCCAUCUGGCAACCUCCUUGCCACCUGCAGCCGAGAUAAGAGUGUGUGGGUCUGGGAAGUUGAUGAAGAAGAUGAGUAUGAAUGUGUCAGUGUCCUCAACUCCCAUACACAGGAUGUCAAGCAUGUGGUUUGGCAUCCGAACCAGGAGCUGUUAGCCUCUGCCAGCUAUGAUGACACAGUGAAGCUCUACCGAGAGGAAGAGGAUGACUGGGUGUGCUGUGCCACCCUUGAGGGCCACGAAUCCACUGUGUGGAGCUUGGCCUUUGAUCCCAGUGGUCAGCGCCUGGCGUCUUGCAGUGAUGACCGUACUGUGCGCAUCUGGCGGCAGUAUCCACCAGGCAACGAGCAAGGGGUGGCAUGCAGCGGCUCUGACCCCAGCUGGAAAUGUAUCUGCACCUUGUCGGGCUUCCACUCCAGGACCAUUUAUGACGUCGCUUGGUGUCAGCUGACAGGGGCCCUGGCUACAGCUUGUGGGGAUGAUGCCAUCCGAGUGUUUGAGGAGGAUCCCAGCUCAGAUCCGCAGCAGCCCACCUUCUCCCUGACAGCCCACUUGCCUCAGGCCCAUUCCCAGGAUGUCAACUGUGUGGCCUGGAACCCCAAGGAGCCGGGGCUUCUGGCUUCCUGCAGUGAUGAUGGGGAGGUGGCCUUCUGGAAGUAUCAGCGGCCUGAAGGCCUCUGAGCCACCUCAACUUUGGACAGCAUCAUGGUUCCCCAGAAAAUGUCAUAAGACUUUUCCAGCCCCUGAGAGGACCUGGGGGAGCAUCCUUGACCUUCGUUGCACUUGGCUCUCUUCCAUUCAGACUUGGGUAGAAGGGCAGAGCCACAGAACCACUCGCUCUUCCCCUCCUUUGACACAGGGCCCUUGGUAAAGAGCUACAGAACAUCAGCACAUUGUAGUUAUGCCACAGAUUUUGCUUGCUUUAGGGCACAGAGUUAAAUUUUGGAGAGUGAAUAUACUAUUUAUAAUCACAGCAUCUAUAUGUAGGAGGAGUGUAUCUCAGACCUUUCUGAAAUUGUAAGCUUUUAGAAAUAAUCCAUCUGAGUCCCAAGUCCUGUUUUAUAUUAUAAGGACAUUCACAGUUUAAAAGAAUUCCAUAGUGAGUCUUUUCUGAAAUAGGUUCUGCCUUCCCACUGUUUGGGUAAAUCCUUGCAUUUAAGACAUUCAAUCAACAUUGAAGGAAACUUUUUAAUGUAGGCUGGUUUAAAGUAAGAGACACCUCUGCUUUCCCUUAGAAACCCUCAUGUAUCUUGUGUGCCAUUAUGCUGUGAAGGCAACUGGGGAAUGCUGGAAAAUAAAUUUGGAAGGACAUGAACCCUAAAAGGGAGAGUUAUUAUUGGCCACAGGCCAUACAUUGUCAGUGGGGAUGAAACUGGGUUCUUGGGUAAAGGGAAGAAAUCUUGGAGACAGUAAUUUGUGGCACUCUAAAGGACCACAGUACAUAAACACACAGUAUGACCAUGGUAUUAAAUUUUCAUGGUGGGAGCGAGUAGGACAAAGAUGUCUAGCAAGGCUCCUUAGGGGAGUGAUAAUGGGAAAAGGUUGUGGUAGGCAAUCAGUUCUUCAGCCCCACUCAAGUUGUCUUCUGACACUCCCUUCCAAAUGGGUUUCGACUUCAAGUGAAGGCUGCAGCUUUAGGAAUAGCCCUCUAAGUUUUCACAUCACAGAAAUCAUGACCUUAGAUUUUGGAAAGACAGCUGGGACAGUACCUAGAGCAGUGGUUCUCAAAAUGUGGUCUGCAGAUCCUGGAAGUCCUGAGAGCCUCUCGGGGGCAUCUGAGAUCAGCCGUUCGCACCUUGGCAGGAAUCAAGGCAGUGGCACCAAAUACUAGUAGUCGUCACUGCCUUGAUCUCAGUAAAAAUAUUGCCAACUUCACUUAGAAAUGCCUUUGAUAGAAUUAACAUCCUUAAUAAAAUUAAAUUGUAUUAAAUCUUGA